UCAAAUAUCUGGAUGAUGAGAAAAUGGAACGUUAUAUGGGUGCCCAAAGCAAGCACAAUUUGAGACAUUGUAGCUAAUAUUGUGCCACUAACUAACUGUGUCUAGAGAGGAUCAAAUGGAUACAUCAAAAGUGAUUGAUAUGAGAUUUAUAUUGCUUUGGUGUUGCAUCAUCAUGGAGGUGGUUCAUGGCCGCAAUAACGCUGUUGAUCUGAAUCCGAAAGCGGUGGAGAAAUGGUACGACAAGAUGGCUUCCGCAGAUGGUCGUAAGUUGACCAAACUUCAUCUUUACAGCCGAGAAAUAGCAUCCGGAGGAAACCCUACGGUCGUGCAGAUUGCACGCUGGGCCAACAACACCGAUACCGGGAUCAUCGCCUUUGGAAGGACCGUGGUAGUUGAUGACACGCUUGCAUCCGAAUCCUACAAGAUUAUCGGCCGAGUUCAGGGAAUCUACUCCUGGACAACGUCCACACCUCAAACAGCUGAAGAUGGACCGGCAUCGACUGGGGUUUUUAGUAUGGUUUUUACUCAAGGGGAAUACAAAGGCAGCACAAUUAGCCUCCUCUGUAAUGAUCCGAUUUUCCCCAAGUACCGGGAGUUACCGGUCGUCGGUGGUUCAGGGAUUUUCCGGUUAGCCCAAGGUUCCGUCAUCGAGGAAACCAUAAGUGGCGCCCCAAAUGGAGAUGCCCUUGUCAAGUUUACUGCCUUCAUAGUCCAUUAUUGAUUCAGUAUUAAUUCCUGAAUUUACCACUUUUUGUUAUGUUACAACCUACUCUUCACGGGUAACCUUAUCAUUCCAGAUUAGAGUCCAAAAAUUCCAAAAUGGCUAGCAAUGAGGGUUAUUUUUUGUCAACUUAUUCACUCCAACCUCCCUCGAAAGUUGCUUGGUCUUGUUACUCUUUACCAAAGAGGUUUUCCAUAUCUUAAGGUUAAUUAAAUAGUAUAGUCUUAUGUUAAUGUACUGUUAGGACUUCAAAAUCUCGGUUUUGCUUAAUUGCUUACUUGUUUUAACCCUUUUUCCAAGUAGUCUAGCAUCACUAGUUGUGAUCUUGAGGAAAUAUCAUGGAC